AUGGACGAGGUUAUCCGUUUCCGUCAGGAACUGCAGCGAGCCCAAGCGUCUACGCCCAAACUUAGCGGCGGAAACGGCGCCAUUGGCGGCCGCGGAUACGCGGAGCCUCCGCGAACGCCGCCGGGACUUGCGGGUGGCUUGCGAGGCGGCGGCGCGAAUGCGCUACUGAGCGGUGCCACACGGACGGUCAAGAUCUCCCGAUCGCAGUCGCUGCAGCCCAAGGCCGGUGCGAUGGGGGCGUUUCUCCGCGCGCUUAAAGAGACGGAGGGGGCGGAGGGCGAGGGGAAAGGGGGAGGCGGAGAAGGGGGAGGCGGCGGAAGGGGGUUUGGCGCAGGCGGGGAGAAGUCCCUCGGGUUGCGCCGAGCUGCGGAUCCGCUUGACGGGGGCCACAGCGGAGGCGGAAGCGGCGGCUUGCGCGGAAGCGGGGAAGGGGGAAGGGAUUCCGGGCGGAGCGGAAGCAGGAACGAGCUCUCCGGAGGGCGGCGGGAGGGGGGAGAUCCGGAAGAGCGCGGACGGCAGGACGGCGAGAUGGGAAGAAACGGCGGAAUCGUGAACCGCCGGCUUAACUUGGGGGGCGCGGGGGUGAUGGCGGGCGGAAGCCUUGGGCGGAAGAUGGGGAGCGCAAUGCGCCGAUCAACCUCGGUUCAGGUGCAGAAUAUGUCCGCUUCGGGCAGCCGCGCUGGCAGCGGACGAAAAGACGCGUUCCACGAGGCGGUUGAGGAGAUGCUGGGGGAGAAGCGGGCAGGAGAAAAAGAUUCCGACGGGAGGCGUGGGGGGGGUGAGGACCGGGAUGGGGAUCGGGACAGGCACAGGGAUAGCGAUCGGGAUGAGCGGAAUUUCCGCUCCGAUGACGAUCGCGACCGUUCUUCUAACGAGCGUCGCAAUAGCGGGGAGUUUCGUCUCGAGAAGGAAUAUUUGUCCGAGCGGGAAGAGCGGGGCGGGAGGAGGAGUGGUGAGUAUGACAGGAGUUCUACUAGCGGGGGCAGGAAUUUAUCUCAUUUAUCUAAUUUAGCGGGUGGCGGGGGAAGCAACCCUAGCAGCGGAGAGUUCGAGAUCGGGGGAAGCAGGGGCGCGGCCGGAGGGGGAGUUUCCAGGUUGGGAGCCGGGGGAGGGGGAGCGGGUGGAGACCCCUUCCGCGGACUCGGCGGAAACAGGGUGCCGAUCGGGGGAAGCGUGGGGCGGCGGAGCGGAAUGGGGCUUCUGCGGAGCGGAUCCCUGCAGCCCCGCAACUCGCGCAAGAUCGCGCGCGACUCGUUCUUUGGCGCGCUAGAAGAGGUGGACGAGGAGAAAGGGGCGAGGAAGGGCGCAGGCGAGAGCGGGAGGGUUCCGCACUCGCUUUCCGCCGGUGGUCAACCGCCCAUGAGCCCUCUUAAAAGCUCCCUCGGCCAGGAAGGAAAACAGAGCUUCGACCUGUCUCAGUCCCACAGACGCGGCCAUUCCGUUUCGCUCCACGACUCCUCCAGCGGCGGCGGGGGCGGCGGAGUGCUAGAAAAGGGCGGCGGCGCGUUGGCGGGGCUCCCAGUUGUGCCUCUAACGGGGGGAGCGGCUGUAGCGGGCGUUCCUGGGGUGGGCGGCGUGGUACUUUCUGGAAAAUCAAGGCCGCUUUCCAGCCUUCGCAGAGCAUCGUCUCUCGUGCCUGUAGGGGCAAAGGAUAGGCCGGGGAGCUCGGGGGGGCUGAGAGGCGGGGGAGGCGGAGGGUUGGGGGGAGGCUUGGGGGGAGGCGGGGGGGGGAAGAGGGCGCAGAGGGAGAGAGAGGGGUAUGGGGCACGGGAUGGGCACAGGGACGGAAGCAAGGAGAGGCUCAGGGAGGAGCAUAGGGAUGGGCAUAGGGAGGGGCAAAAUGAUGGGCAUAGGGAUGGGCACAGGGAGGGGCACAGGGAGGGGCAUAGGGAAGGGCAUAGGGAAGGGCAUAGACCCACUCGUCCUCAUAGCACGUCAGUUGGGGGGAUUGCGGCUAUCACGGAUGUUCUUCGCUCGGGCAGCCCGGCUGCCCGGGAAAACGCGGCGGCUGCCCUUUUCGCGCUAUCGGUGGAUGAGGCGAAUCAGACGCUGGUUCGGAAAGCGGGAGCGAUCCUGCCAUUGGUCGGCGUGUUGCGCAUGGGCAGCACGCGCGGAAAGAAAGACGCGGCGUUGGUUCUUUUCAACCUAUCUAGAGACCCGCAGAGCCGGCUGGAAAUCGUCCGAGCAGAUGCGGUGAAAGUUUUGCUUGGGCUGCUGGGGUGCUCGGAAGUUGGGCUGGAAGAAAAAGCCAUGGCUGUGCUGGCGAACCUGUGCAGGCUUCAGGAGGGGUGUGAAGCGGUGCUGAGGAUAAACGGUGCGGUUCCGGCGUUGGUUGCAGUGGUGGAAGGCGGUUCACAGAGAGCGAAGGAAGAUGCGGUGAUGACUCUGCUUAUGCUGGCGAAUAGCGAGCCGGAUUGCUGCAGGGGCAUGCAGGGGGAGGGAAUGAUGGAGGUGUUGCGCGAGUUGACUCGGAAUGGGUCUUCCAGAUGUAAGAGCAAGGCCAAGGCUUUAGUUGAGCUUCUUCAGAUGCAGGGGGAGGAGGAUUCUGAGUAA